AUGCUGGUGACAUCUGGUGUUGCCAGUCUUGGCCACAGGACUGACAGCCACCAAAUCGCCCUGGUCUCACACUACGACAUCACCAAUGGCAUAAGCACCACCCCAGCCUGGCAGAGCAGUGUGGGCUGCUGCACCACAUUCCUCUUUGCCCCAAAACACAAGACCUCUGUCAGCACUUAUGCUGACUCCUACUGCCUGCCAUGCUCUGUCAAAAAGACCAUCAGAGAGCAGGCUCCACUGCAGCUCUGGAAAGAAAACAAGUUUGUGAUGCAGCCUUCAACGGUGUCAUGGUUUCAAGCUUCAGUAUAUCCUCAAACCUCCUCCCUUAAUACACAAAGUCAGCCUGAACAGCAGAUUAAGGUGGAAAUGCAGGAGUACUACAGGAAUGUCAUCAACCCUGUUGGCUGGCCAGAUCUGAAGCCUCCAGUGACCAAGGUCACAUCGGCAGAGACAAGUGACCAAUGGUCUGGAAGCAUUUUUGUCAAUGAGGACAAAUACAUCACAUGGUGAAUGGGUUCCUACAACAGCACAGCCUGGAAUAAGCACUCCUCCGACCUCCCCCUCCUGCCCAAGGAGAUGAGAAUGGAGACCUUCUUGCGCAGCAUACCUGUGCCAUGCCAUCUAAAACCCACCUGCCUCAAUGAAUCUGAGAGGGAAGUGGCCACUGACAUGCUGCGCAAGCUGUUCUCACCACUGUCCCUUCUUCUGAUGGUCAAUCAGUCUGGAAUGUGGGGCUACUACUGCCCCUGCCCUGGACGUCACUACUGCCUAUGAGGGAUGGGCUACUACACUGAUGGGGCCCCUGCCAUCAGAAGGCAUCUCCACACGCUGGCAGAGAGGGCUGGGGCCCCCCUGUACAGCUUGAUUGAUUGA